CCCCGCCACCGCCGCCUCCAGCAGAACUGGUGGUCCUCGCGGCAACGACGACGACGACGACGACGAAUAUCCUCCUCCAAGACAAGACGACUUGCGACGACUGCAUUCCUCACACUGAGUCGCGUGCCCACCGACCCGCCCAGCACAACAGCCAGCACCAGCACCAGCAUCAGCACCACCAACAGCGCGCACAGCCUUGCUGCCUCCUCUCGGCCUCCCUCUCUCCAUUCGGCAAACCUCGACCGAGAAAAAGGGCCCCAGGACGGACUGACGGACGGUCCUUGCCGCAGCGGACUAUCCCCCCCGUCCUCCGAAUGCAUCGCCGACCGUAGCCAUGGCCACCAUCAUCACCACCACCACCACAGCUGCCUCGGCCCGUGACGACGCAUCCUUCCCCUGCUCCAUAGCCCUGCGCGUGCCCCUCCCCUCGGCGCGCCUCGCCUCCACCGCCCUCCGCGCCCUCGAGGUCGACCCGGAGCUCUCCCCGCUCGUCCGCCGCCACCUCUCCGUCGGUACCGCCGCCGCCGCCGACGAUGUCAUAGACACUACCACAGCCGCCGCAGCCGCCGUCGGGGCAGAACAAAGAGUAGCAGGAGUAGUAGUAGCAGUAGGAGGAGGCGAAGAAGAAACGGUACAAGAGGAGAACAACGAGGCGCUCAAGGUCCUGCACGUCGACUACCGGGCCACGACGAACCGCAUGCUCCGCGUCGCCGUAAACUCCUUCCUCGACAGCCUGAAGCUGGUCCUCGAGGUCAUGGAGCAGCUCGACGUCGAUGUCUUGGCCGAGCCGCGGCGGCUGCGUCAGGGGUCGCCGCCACCGCCGACAUGAUACACGGACAUGUUGCAAAGACAAACAGACAAAAAAAACAGAAGACAUCAUAAUGAUCCACGCCCCGCCGCUGCCCGC